AUGGCCGGUGUGCCGCCGCCGCCGCCGCGCAGCUCGAGGUGCGGCGCUUCGCGGCCGCCCGCGCCGGCGAGCUCCGCUCCCUCUACGCAGCCGUGUCGUCCAGACUCGACGACGCCGGCGGCCCGCAGCAGCCCCGUUCCGCGCGCCGCCGCACCACACAGGGCACCUCCCAACAAGCGCCACCGCCGGGGAGCCGGAGAGGUGGGUCCCGGGGACGACGGCGGCCUCCCGGCGCGGAAACAGUCCAGGACGGUGAGGCGGCGGCGGGAGCUCGCUGGCAACCCCGCGGAGGGGUUCUCGGUCGCCGGCGACGGCGCGCGGCGGCUGCGCACGCACCUGUGGUGUGCGAAAAGGUUCUUCAUGGAGAGGCGGUGGGGAUUCAUCUUGCCCGUUGGCGCCCAGGGGAGGGCGAGGGGCUCAAGAUGUGUUCUCAAGCGUCUGAAAAAUGGCACGACUAUCCAUGAUGCUGGCUACUUCAUUCCAAUUGAGCUAGAUGGUCCAGAGGACGCCCUGUUAUCGAUUCUCAGAAUGGUUCUGCGCCCAUCUCCUGUAGAAAACACACCUGAUUUGAAGCAUCUACAAGAUCAAGUAAUGCGAGGUGUUUGCUAUGAGAAUGCUAUGCUUUGGGAUGUUAGGAGUCUGCAUUCUCAAAUUGUUGGACCAGUAACGUAUAUGUGGCGUCCAUUCUCAAGAGCAGAUGACAAAUCUGAGAUUGAAGGAGAUCCAUGCACAUCUCACAGCAUUCACAACGAAAGCGGCAAUUCCUCACGACGCCAGUUGUGGAUAUGGAUUCAUCCCGCUGCACUCAAUGAAGGGAUUAGUGUAAUAAGAUUUGCAUGUGAGAGACAGAUUCAAGAUUCCGCUGGUGUUGUUAAAUGUUGCUCAUUAGAGGGAAAAAUUGCAAGAUUGGAAGUCAAUGGAUGCAAGGCUAUGCAAUCUCUUAAGAAGAUUUUGCAUCCAACCAAUUCAAGUAAUAUCAACAUGGUAUCAGAUACAAGUGAUAUCUCUGCAUCAACUGAUACUCCCCUAGAUUCCCUUACCGUCCCUCAUCUUUCGAAAGCAUCCGUCAUUGAUAAUGCUGACAUUCUUCAGCCUGGUGCUAUACUAUCCAUGGUAGUUCAUGACCCCAGAGAAGUUUCAGUCAAGGGAACAGAUUCUUCUAAAUUAGCCUCCCUUGACAAGCAGAGCAAAGUUUUGGAGGAAGAUGUAGCCCCAAAUGCUAAUGAGGCGUCAUCAGAGGUUGCAAAUAUGUUGCCAUUGAUGUGGAUGUACCCUGGGAAGCAUGAUAUAUUCCUUUCUGACUGUAGGGAACUGUGGGACUCCAGGCAAAGCAUAAAUCCUCCUGUGUCAGAUGAGGUUCUUUGUAAGGAGAAGCACUGUGAACGUAUGAAGUUUUUCUGCUUGGAUUCAGGAAAUGAUCAAGGGCGAACAACCCAAGAGAAGGAUAACUUCAUUCGAUCCUGCCCGGUUAUUCUUUUGAAACAUGCCGGAGAGGGAAUGCCUGCUCUAGGGUGGUCCAUCAUUCUACCGUUGAGUUGGGUGAAACCUUUCUGGCUCUUUCUAGUAUCUCAUGGUGCCCAUGCAAUUGGCUUAAGAGAGAGACGGUGGAUUGCAGCAAAGUUCAGAAUGCCAUGCUUUCCUUAUGAUUAUCCAGACAGCAAAGCGUAUGCAUCAUAUGCAUCCAAAGAAGCUGCUGGUUUUGAUAAAGUAGCUGAGCGCUGCCCUGUUGCCAAGAGACCUCCAAGCGUUCCUGUGCCUCCUUUAUGGCACUGUAUCAUGACUUGUUUUCAUAAAGAUGAUGGCAUAUUGGGUGUUCUUGAAGUAGACGACUUAGUGCGGGCUAAUAUGGCAUUACCUAAAAACUCGUCUGUACAUUCCAAAUCUGGAGAUGCAGAAGCAUCGCAAGCAAAUGUUGCAUCCUUGCAACUUCAUGUGCCAAGAACCACCCAAAUGUUGAGACAAUAUGUGGAAGAUUUUGAUUUGAAAUAUCUGAGUUCAUCAUCUGACAUGAAAGUGGAUUCUGAUCAACCCAACUUAGCUUAUAAUGACACUGUCAAAAUGGCACGAUUCUCGAGUGAAUUAUGCCUUACAAGGGUUCUGAUCCGAGCUUUCAAGGUAGGUUCUUUCGAAGAGGGUGCUGUCGUUUGUGCCCCAUUUCCUUCAGAUCUUUCAGCUUGGAAAAUCAGAUCAAAGGAAGAAGAGAAAGAAUGCGUAGAAAAAUGGGAACUCCAGCUCCCUCAGUCCCAUGUUAAUUCCUAUUUCUCCUGGUUUGAUGAUCCUAGCACCAGCAGCCUUCAGUUGCCUACAGAUGCUGCCGCACGGGAGGCGUUCAGGUGGCCUAUAGGCUUUGUCACCAGUGGUUUCAUCCACGGAAGUAAUGGGCAAGACGCGGUCGCUGUCGCAUUCUGCGAGGCAAAGCUUCUGGCAGUAUUGAGGCGACAGCAAUGGGCGCAUGAAAACUCGCAGAGCCGGGAGAUCUGCGUCCUUGUCAGGAAUGCAAGAUCGGCUGCGUACCGACGAGCGCUGGCCACGAUCGUCCUGGAACAUCAGGAAUCAGACCUAGAGUUUCAGUAG